AUGAAAUGUAACACAAAUAAAAAAAUUUUAGGUCGGUUAUUGACCUUGAUGGUUAUCAGCCGUCUUUUUUCAGGGGUAUCGUGGGUGACCACGGUAAGCGCAAUGGACAGCGAUGGAAAAGACGGAGAUGGAGAAAAGGGGAUCAAGCCUUCAGGUGAUAAAAAGAGCAAUUUGAGGUCUUUUCCAACACUGAUGAGUCUAAACGAGACAGAAAGGCUAUAUCAAGAGAACCCCGAAAACUCGCUAGAGCAGGAGCAAGAGUGUGCAGAGACCGCAUCACAGGAGGAUCCAAAAGUAGAGCGGGAGGAGGCAGGAGAGGAGGCAGUUGGGGCCGAAAAUAAAUACAAGGGUGAGGAACAGCCAGUGGAAAACGUAGAAGAGGAAGAAGCACUGUAUGAAUCUGAGCAAUUAAGGAGGAGCCUGGAGGGACAAUCGGGAGGAUCAAAGUCCGAUAAUCAAAAGAAGGAUGAUGAGAAUGAUAAGAGGGAGUCUCCAGUUCUGAAGAGCACAAAUCAAGAAACAGAUGAAGCAAGUGAAGAUACUAGUGGGCUAGAUGGAGAAAAUAAAGGAUCACAAGAUACAAACGAAGGAAAAGAGCAAGUAUCAGAAAAAGAAAAAAAUCAGGCCACAGAACCAGAAAAGGAAAGUGAUAAGUCUACCAAACAAGAAAAUAAACAAGAAGGAGGUAGCGAAAGCUCAUUAAAACAAGAAGAAGUUAACUCUACGGAAAAGGAUAAAAAUGGGACAGAAAAAGGGAGGAUCGGCAGUGUCAGUGGCGAGGAACAACAACACGACGACCACGAGCACGAGGUCGCAGGUGGCCUCGGUGAACGGAAACAACAUGUCCUCGAAGACGAGCAACAAGCAAGUGUCAGUGACGACGCACAACAACGGGACCACGACGAAGAGCAGAGAGGUCACGAUAUCGAAGAACAGAGAAGUGACCUCGAACAGCAACGCGACGACCAUAAGGAACAACAGGGAGAUCACGAUAACGGAAAACAGGGAAACGACGAUAAGGAAAUAGAGGACCAUGGAAGAGUGGGCGUCAUUGAGAAGUUCAAGAAGGCAGUGAGGAGAGUGAGUAUGGUUGAGUCAUUGAGAGUUCCAUCAUUCGUGGUGCCAGGCGAUGUAGCAGAGAACGUAGAAGUUAAAACGGAUGAAGAGCACGUUGGCGUGACCUCAGAGGACAAAGUGUUAGUAGAUAUUCCAGUAAAAGGUGAAGUGUUAGUAGAAGUUCCAGUGAAAGGUGAAGUGCCAGUAGAUGUACUAGUAGACGUGCCAGUAGAAGAUAAAAACAUAGAAGAAUGUGAAGUGAGAGAUGACAGAGUGGCAUGUGAACUAGAUGAAAUCUCACAAGCACAAGCAAGGUAUAAGGAGUAUGAACAGGUGUGCGCAGAAUUCUACAUGGAAAAGGCAAACUCAUCAAUUUUAAAAGGAGAAGGCGAAGAUGAACAGCAGGGACAGGGCGCUGGACAAGGACAAGUACAGGGCACUGAAGAAGAUGAUGAAAAGGUGAAGUUGAUAUGCUGCACACCGAAAGAAGGAUGCCGUGACAGUGAAAUACUGAUACCAAUAGUAAGUCAUGAAUUGGAACUGGUGAUGAAAGGGGACGAUAGAGUGGAACUGGACAACGCUAGGUUGGAACUAGUAAAGGGCAGUGAAGACGAAGAACCAGUGAUGCCAGGUGGUGAUGGAGAUAAACUAGUUAUGCCAGAUGAUGCUGGAGAAAAAUUAGUCACAACAGAUGGUGAUGGAGAAGUAGCAAAGGACAGCGCAGAUGAUGAAAAACUAGUCACGGCAGAUGAUGAUGAAGUGUUCCUGGCGAGUACUGACUGCGAAGACGUAGUGAAGCACAAUGAACACGACUACACAGGAGUGGUAACACGUCAGCCUGAGAGAUUGCCAACGCCAUCAGAAGUAUUGGAACAACUGGACGCAAUGCUGCAAGAACACGAUAAACAAGAGCAAGAGGAAGACCUGGAAGAAGAUGAACAUUGGAAACUACAUGAACAGAGAGAGUUGGAAUGUGCAUUGGAGACAGCAGUGAAGUUAAUGGGAUGUGGAAUGGUGAGAGAUGGACCAGUAAAAACAACGAGGAGGACAGUGAGUGGAGCGAGUAAAGUAGGUGGUUCUAGGAAAGUAAGUGAAGUAACUGAAACACAUGGAGUAACUGAAGUAACUGAAACACAUGGAGUAACUGAAGUAACUGAAACACAUGGAGUAACUGAAGUAACUGAAACACAUGGAGUAACUGAAGUAAGUACACUAGGUAAAGCAGGUGGAGUAAGUGAACCAUGUGAAACAAGUGGAAUAAGUGAAACAACUGGUCAAGCAAGUGAAACAACCGGACCUAGAGGAGUAAGUGGAACAAGUGAAGUAAGUGAACCACAUGGAAUAACUGAACCACUUGGAGAAAACCAGGGCAAAAAUAAUGAAGAGCAACAUGGUAAGAGUAAUGAAGAAGGUAGUGGUAGUGGUAAGCAAGAUCAACAAGAAGGAGUAGGAAGUAGUAGUAGAAAAAACAGCCACGGAGAAGAUAAAAAAAAGGUACACAAAACAAAUAGAAACAACAUUGUAGAAGGACCAGAAGAAAUGAUUGAAGCUGUUUUAGGAGACAAUGUAAAAAUCAUACGCUCAACAGCUAUGUUGCUCAAUGUGUGGCCAGUGGACUACGGAAACAGUAAACAAGUAGCAAGAGUUAUGAAUAUGGAACUGGUGGAUGAAGAAAACCUGUUAGGAUGUUACUAUAAAAUCAAAGUAAGAGGAGAAGAACAGGGGCUAAUACCAAUGUUGAUAGAAAGAAAAAAAAUAAGAAAAAGAGCAAUAGUAAUGGAACAGGGAAAAGUAGUUUACAGAGCACCAGAAACAAACACAGAGAGAUUGAGUAGGCAGCCUAGGUGUGAGUGGCCAGUUACUGGCCCAGAUGGAAAGAAUAAGCACUCGAGAUACCAUUCACCAGUUACCAGUUCAAAAGAGACAAGCGACUACUACAGGUGUCACUUAGAAGCUAAUGGCCCAGAUGGAACAAGAGAAUACCCUAGGCGUCACUCACCAGUUACUAGUUCAGAGGCAAAGAAAAAACAAACGGGGUACAUAUCAACAGGAGGAUUUAAGCAUAACCCUAGGGAUCACUCACCAGUUACCAGUUCACAGGAGGCAAGCGACUACUACAGGAACCCAGUAGUAAGAAGCACAGCAUCCUAUCAGUCACCAAGAGGAUUUAAGCAUUCUGAAGUCACUAGCUCACAGCCAGUAACUGGGAAAACAAAAUACCUCACGCCAUUCACCUCCUCAGAGGGAAUAAACGACUACUACAGGUACCAGUCACAAAGACAGUCCCCCAAAUCACAACAUAGUGAUACACACUCUAGAAAUCCUCAAGGAGUCUACCCAGCACUGUAUAAAUAUCUCCAAUCAGCAAAUUAUUCAAAGCAGCCACAAGAAGUAUUCGAUGAUAAGUCAGGGAAAAUAAGAGGUGAUGGGCAACUGAAACAAACAGGUGUAUCAGACCAAUUACAAAGUAACACGGCAUUUAAGAAGGCGAUGAUUUCCUCCAACAAGUCCUCAAAUCAGUAUCAGCAACACGCAAAAACACAAGUCGUAUACCCAGAAACAAAUGUAUUCAGUUAUCAACUACCAUCUACGUCGACAUCAUAUGGUAAAUUAUCUACUGCUACUUCUACUGCUACAAGAAGAACGGAAGCAUAUGAUGACAAACUACCAACUGCAAUAGGUGGUGACAACCAAACUACAACUGCAAGAACAGUAGAUGGUGAUGACCAAAUGACAACUACAGUGGAUAAAGUUAAGUCAAGGAAGGGGGCGACAAGAAGAGUAGAUGACGUGGCUAUAACAAUAGAAGAUGACGAGGACAUAGAUACUGCGAUGGCAGUAUAUGGUGAUGACAACGUAGCUACUGCGAUGGCAGUAGCUGAUGGAUACCAACCACCUACAGCAAAUGGUGACAACCAAACUACAACUGCAAGAACAGUAGAUGAUGAACAAGGUACGAGUACAAUAGGUGAACAAGGUAUGAGUACAAUAGGUGAUGACCAAGAUAUGAGUACAAUAGGUGAACAGGCUAUAGUAAGGCCUAAGACGCCAUUAGGCUAUAGAGGAAGAAGAAUAUCAUCAACAGAAUCGUCGGAAACGUACUCGUCACCAAGUACAUUGACAACAUCAAGAGAAAGCUGGUCACCAAAAUCGCCAAUCGAUGAGUUGAUAAGAGUAGAUAAAGUAACAGCAAGAUUGAUAGAAGGACCAGUGUUGUAUAGAAUACAAGGACCAUUGGGAGGAUUGAGUGUGUUAGAAGAGGAGGAAGGAGCACCGAAAACGCCAAAUAACUAUGUCUAUUUCCAUGGAGGAUUUGGAAAAAAAGAGCCUAAAGCACCGCCAAAAAGACCAAAGUCGAGACUAGGGUACCACAGAGAAGGAAAAAUGAAAAUAUCGAUAAAAGCAACGUCAAAAGUAAGAAGAAGGUUGAAUUUUGACGAUGAUAAUGAAGAUGGUAAGGUCUGUGGUAAGGAAAGUCACGAUGGUAAGGUCUGUGGUAAGGAAAGUCACGAGGACAUGGUUGAUGUUAACCAAAAUGACGAUGGUAAGGUAGAUGUUAACCAAAAUGACGAUGUUGAUAUUAAGGACGAAGAAUACAGACUCUUGGAAAUGGAAGAGGCUUUAAAGGAAAUAACAACAUCAGAUUCUGAAACGUCAACCAUGGUUAUGUCAACAUCGAGCAGUGGAGCAAGAAUAGUGAUUGGAGAUUCCAGUGAUGAGGACACGGAGUGCCUGAGAUCAAUGGACGAAGAAAUGACAAACUUAGGGUUGGGAGAAGAUGAAGUGGAUUAA